AAAAAAAAAAAAAAUAUACAAAAAAAAUAAAAUUAGUUAAAAAACGCCUUUUCAUAUUUUAUACGUUUCGAAUUUGUAAAAAAAAAAAAAAGAAAAUUAAAGCAAAAUUGAACUUACGCAGAGAAAGUAAAUUCAUACGAAAAUUUUACGUACGCCAUUGUUUAUAACCUUUUUUUUUUUUAACCGUUUUAAAAAUAAACCAUCUUGGAGGUUAUAACAAUUAUAACGGCUCCUUUGUAAGAUAUAUCCCCCAUCCGCAUUAUUUGUACAAAAAAGGCUACAUGCAAUUUUUUAAUUAAAGAACGUCAAAAUGGUUUCCGUUAAAACGAAAGUUCUUAAAAACAACCCCAGCGACUUAGAAAAAGAAAUUGCACAAUGUCUGAUUGACAUCGAGUUAUCAAGCUCGUCGGACAUAAAAAAUGACGCGAAGGAAAUUAAGAUAUUAUCAUGUGAUUUGAUAGAAGUUGAAAAAAUUAAAAAAAAAACGAUUUUAAUUUAUAUCCCAUACAAGAUUUACACAACUUACGUAAGAAAAAUACAGAGGAAACUUAUCAACGAAUUGGAGAAGAAAACCAAAAAGUAUGUUGUGUUGGUAGCCAAGAGGACCAUACUAAAGACGAAGCAGAAAACCAAGUCCUUUAAAAUAAUUCCCAGAUCGAGAACUUUGACCAGUGUGUAUGACUCCAUUUUGGAGGACAUCGUGGCUCCCAGCGAAAUAGUUGGAAAGAGAAUAAGCAUGAAGGCUGACGGAAAGAGACUAUUCAAAAUAAUGCUCGACUCCAAGGAAAGGCAAAGAGACAACAUCGAGGAGAAGCUCAUUAGCUUCGCGGCUGUGUACAAAAGAAUCACAAGAAGAGACACGGUGUUUACUCUGCCACCAACCAACGAAAAAUGA